UUUACAUUAUUAACUCCUUUAAGCAACAACUGUUUCAAUUAUUUAAUCAAUAAAUUAUACGUUCGCAUUAAUUUUCAAUUAGAUUAGUGAAAAAAUUAAGUAUGGAUACAAAAACGUUUACAUUGAAUCAACUAAUAGAUGUUGCUUUAGAUUGUCCCGAAAUGGGAACAGUAAAUUUCAAAAUUCUUCGAACAGUACUAAAAGUUAUUGUAAGAGAAUUGGAUAUUCAUGAUAUAAGAGCUAGAGUUCCAGUUAAAGAUCUCCAAGAAGCUGCAACUUUGAUGAAAAGUGCUCCAAAGAAAAGAAAGAAAAUACCAGAAAAGAGUACAAGUGCUGUUAAUUCUAAAACUACUUCUGAAACUUCUUCGAAAUCUCAAACUUUCCAAGAAUCGAAGCAAUUUAAAUCAAUCGAAGAAAUGAAAAAACACUCGUCCAGUCAAUUAAUUUUGGAAGAACAGCCAUCAGAAAUGUCGCCGAAAAGUGAUGAAGAAGAAAAUGGAGAAGGUAUAGAACUUCUCGAAGAUGUGUGUGAUGAAAAUGAAGUUCACACUUCCAGUUCUACGUUAAAAUCAGCUUCUAAACUGGACACAAGAAAGGAAGAUUCAGAAGGUUCUGCAAUAAACUUAUCGAUGCAAUCAUUAGAAGAAAUUCUAAAUGAAGAAGCGGGAAGUAAUGAUUCAGAGAUGAUUACCGUUUCUGAAUCAAAAACAUUGUCUGAGUGCAAAUCGACAAGCAGCAUAACAGAAAUUUCGACUUAUUCAGUUGAAACGCAUAAAAAAUUGAAAAGAUCUAUAUCUGACUUGAAAACUGUUUCUUCUGAUACAUAUUGUACUGGAAAUAGAUGGAUGGUUGGAAAUAUGUGGAAAACAAUGAAUUUCUCUAAAAGAAUUGAUGCGAUUGAACAAGGCAUGGAUAAAGUAGUAACUGCUUUAAAUAAUUACUCGCGAAGCAUCGACAAACAAAGAAAAGAUUUUGAAAGGAAGAAAAACGAAGAUAAUAAAAUUGUACGGGUAAUCGAAGAGAAUUUUGAAAGUUUGAUGAACUCUCUUAAUUUGGCAGAAGCUCGAUUAGAAAUGGUAGUAUUCAAGGAAGAAUAUUUAACCAUCAAAAACGAUCACCAAAAUAAAUUAGAUGAACAGUCGACUAAAUUAGAAAAUUUACGUCUUGUCACAGAAAAGUUACGUAACAUAGUUGAUGGCAAUAGGAAAGUGUGGGAUCUUUUUGAAGUAACUGAUUUAUUAGAAGAACGUCUUAAAUUUGUUGAGGAAAAUACUGGUUUAUCACAUGAAGUGGAAAGAAGUUAUGAUUUAUCGACGCUUGGAAAUAAGUUUGAUGAGUUUGUGGAUAAGAUACAACCUAUGAUUGAUAGGUUACAAAAGGAAGAGGAGCUAGACCAGGAAAUGGAAGAUGCCAACAUUACAGAACAAUUAAUGAAUGUGCGUUUAAAUGUGAAACAAAUUUUUAAAGAAAUUGGUAUACUAAAAGAAGAAAUUAAAGUGCUACAGUUCGAUUUUGACAAGCAAGAAAAAACUACUCAGAUGUUGGUAAAAGCCAACGAAACAGGAUUUAAUGAAGAGGAUAAAGUAGAAUUUUAUGAUAUGCAAAAACGUUUAAAAAUUCUAGAAAAAGAUUGUGAGCAAUUGGAGCAUUUGGACGAAAUUCAAUCUGCCAUUGCCGUAAUAAAUAAUAAUAAAGCUAAUAAUUCUGAAGUGGAAAAUGCAUUGGCACAGAAAGCCGAUUUACAAACUGUAAAGAAUAAAAUUGAUAAAGAUGAAUAUUUAACAACAUGUGAAGGAUUAAAUAAUAAUAUUGCAGAAAUGAUGGCAAAGAUUACUUUACAAGAACACAGUCUUAUCAAAACUGUGGAUACUCUUACGACUGAAUUGGAUCAUAAAGUAGAAAAAAUUGAAUUAGAAAAUAUGACUGAAGUCCUUCAAUCUCGUUUGAAAGCCAUAGCUAUAAGAUUGAAACAUUUACAAUAUAUUGUAGAAUGCGAAGCACCGAUUCCUGCUGGAAUAAAAUCGUCAUUUGCAAAAUGUAUUUCAUGCGAAAGGCCAGUUCAUAAGAAUCAAAAUACAUUACUCAGAAGAACACCUGAAGGUAUGAAUCGCCCAAUAACAAAUUUGCAGUCUCCACAAAACGUAUUUCUUGAUGAAAUUUAUGGCCCCACUAAUGAAUGUGAACAUACAGGAAGAUAUGUGGGUGGAGAACAUACCACAAGAACAAUUAAUAAAGAAUUCCAAACAUCAUUUCCUAAAAUUUCCUAAAGCCAAACAUGGAAAUAAUAUCAUGAAUAUAUUAUAUAGUUUAUAUAAGAUAUAAUAUAUACUUAAUUUAUACUUUAAAAAACAAAAUUAUUUUUACAGUGUGCACUUAGAUCCAGUAUCAGGUCGAAAUAAUUCAAAUUUUAUGGGUAAUAUCAGAAAUUAUUACAUUUAACGGAAAG